AUGGCCAAGUUAUCAAAAAUUGGAAAGAUUACACUUGGUUCAAUACUAUUAUUCACGAUAGUUGUGACAGUAUUGGAAUGUCUUGUAAUAUACUUUCAUGUGUCACUCGUGAGUGAUUUUACGCUUGAUGAGCAUGGAAAAGGAAUAUCGACUGCUGAUUUAAUUUAUCAUUCGAUAUUUCUUUUUUCACUAUUAUUUCAGAUAUUAUUAGUUGCUGAUGCAUUGCAUUAUCGUAAUACUAUUCAAAUAGUCGCAUUGGUGAUCUUUAAUCUACUCUCGUUAGCAUAUGCCGGCAUUCAACUCUACCAACACAAAAUACUUGAAGACGAAGGACUUGAUAAAGCGGAAUGGAAUCCCAAAAAUCGAGGGAAAUUCACAUCCCCCGAGGAUACGAAAAAGUAUUUCGAAAAGCGAAUACGACCACUUGAAUAUACAAUCAUUGGUCUCGUGACCAUGUAUUUCAACAUAUUUACAUUCUUGUCAUAUAAAUUAAUGACGGAAUUCGGUUGGGAGAAUUAUAAAACUUAUUCCGCUGAUGUGAAAAUACGAAAUGCUUACGUUGAAUUAACGAUACUUCAAACAUUGAUAAAAAUGGAUGUGUUCUUUGUGCUCUCUUAUGCGGUACAAUUGAUCCCCUCUCAUCAAAUAGGCUACCCCAAUUGGAUGUUCGAAACAGUAUUGAUCUGUGUUCUUGGUCCGGUGAUGUUGCUCUUAGCAUGGUGGGCAGCGACAAAAGAACAAAAAUACGCAGUUCUAGUCGUAAUCAAUAUAUUGUUCUUAUCGGAAGGAUAUUUGUUAUAUCGUCUGGUGCGAGUAAAUAUAAAACGUGAUCCAGAUCCAUACCGGUUCACUCGAAGAUUUUUAUCAUUUUUUCUUGCAACAACCUUUGUAUUGGUCGCGAUCACGAUAGUAUACGCGAUUAUUUGUUUCAGAAAUAUGAUGAGAGGAACUUACGUUUUGACUGUAUUCGGUAUAGAUGAUGUUAGCGUUCCCCCAGGAGAUGCUUACACAUUGUUUGAAGAUCAGCAACCGAAUUCUCCAACUAGUCCAAGAAAAUCGAAUAGGAUGAGUCAGAUCGAGCAAAAUCGGUUGUCAAAGUUGAACUCUCCUAGAAUUUUGUUGGAUUGA